AUGACUCAAAACAGGAAAGCUGAUUUGCUUGAGGUUUUAUAAUUUAUUGUAGAAAUAGAUGUUAAAAUCUACAAUUUAAUAAUUGAAAUGCUCUUAAAGGAAAGGGAUUCAGAUACUCUAAAAUUUCUUUCGAAUUAAUGUCAAAUUAGUUAUGAAAAAUACUUAUUUUUAUGUGACAAUCUAUAGCAUUUUGAUAAGUAUUGGAAAAUAGAUGCUGUUAAAUGCAACAUUAAGAAAAUUACAAAUGUUCUCUCAAUAAUAAAGGAGCAUGAAUUUAAUAAACAGAAUUACUCGAUAGGUGAUUAUGAAGAGAUUAAAAAGGGUCUGGCCAUAAAAAUAUCGUUGGAUAAGAACAUUAUAGAAUUUCUGAUAUUUUUAGUUCAUCUUACUGCUUUUGACGAGAGAUACAUCUAGUGUGGAUCGAAUUCUCUUCAUUUAUUAAUUUUGAUGAAAAUUGAUUUGAAAGAAUAAUGUUUUUGAGAAUAUUAGAAUUAGAAAUACAUCCUUAGCAGGAGCAAAUUUAGUAAGAUGUGACUUAAGCGGAUCAUAAUUUGACAAUGUUAUUAUUAGUGGAAUGAACUUAAAUUAAGCCAAAUUAUUUUAUUGUAAGUGGAGGAAUAUAAAAAUAGAUGAGUUAAAUAAGUGUAAUGGUCACCUUAAUAGUGUUAAUGAAGUUUGCUUUUCUUCAGAUGGUAAUUCGGUAAUAUCUUGCAGUGACGAUAAAUCAAUUUGUUUUUGGGAUGUGAAAACAGGGAAAAUAAAGAGUAUAAUCAGAGGCAAGGGAAAGGUAAAAUCAGUAUGCUUAUCAUCUAAUAGUACUACAUUAUCUUUUUGUUGUGGAGAAAUUGUACAUUUACUGAAUUUUAGAACAAGGAAAUAAAUAUCUAAAUUAAUUGGUCAUAUUGGCACCAUUACUUCAGUAUGUUUCUCAUUUGAUGGUACCACAUUAGCAUCUGGUAGUUAUGAUAACUCUAUUCGUUUAUUUAAUGUUAAGACAGGAUAAUAAAUAGAAAAAUUAGUUGGGCAUUCGAGUUGGGUUAAUUAAGUCUGUUUUUCUCCUGAUGGUAUUACGUUAGCAUCUGGUAGUGAAGAUAACUCUAUUCGGUUAUGGGAUAUUAAGACAGGAUAAUAGAAAGCCAAAUUAGAUGGUCAUUCAAAUAAUGUUUGUUCAGUAGGUUUCUCUCAUGAUGGAAUUACAUUAGCAUCAGGUGGUGGAGAUAAGUCUAUUUGUCUUUGGAAUGUUAAGACAGGAUAAUUAAAAGCCAAAUUAGAUGGUCAUUCAUCAACUAUUACUUCUGUCAAUUUUUCUCCUGAUGGUACUAUAUUAGUAUCCAGUAGUUAUGAUAGGUCUAUUUGUAUUUGGGAUUUUAAGACAGGAUAAUUAAAAGCCAAAUUAGUUGGUCAUUCAUCAACUGUUGCUUCAGUCAAUUUCUCUCCUGAUGGUACUACAUUAGUAUCUGGUAGUUAUGAUAAGACUAUUCGUAUUUGAGAUCCUAAGGCAGCAUAUAAAAAAGCCAAAUUAGAUGGUCUUUCAGGAACUGUAUGGUCAGUCAAUUUCUCUUGUGAUGGUACUACAUUAGCAUCUGGUAGCGAUGAUAAGUCUAUCAUUUUAUGGGAUGUUGAAACAGGAUAAUAAAAAGCUAGAUUAGAUGGUCACUCAAGUUAUGUUUAUACAGUCAAUUUCUCUCCUGAUGGUACUACAUUAGCAUCUGGGAGUGAUGAUAAGUCUAUCCGCAUAUGGGAUGCUAGGACAGGAUAAUAAAAAGCAAAAUUAGAUGGUCAUUCAAGUUAUGUUAGAUCAGCCAAUUUCACUCCUGAUGGUAAUGCAUUAGCUUCUGGUAGUGAUGAUAAUUCUAUCCGUAUAUGGGAUGUUAAAACAGGAUAAUAAAAAGCAAAAUUAGAUGGUCACUCAUCAACUGUUACUUCACUCAAUUUCUCUCCUGAUGGUACUAAAUUAGUAUCUGGUAGUUAUGAUAAGUCUAUCCAAUUAUGGGAUGUUAAGAAAGAAUAUAAAGGAGCCAAAUUAGAUGGUCAUUUAGGAGCUGUAUGGUCAGUCAAUUUCUCUCCUGAUGGAACUACAUUAGCAUCUGGAAGUGGAGAUAAGUCUAUCUGUUUAUGGGAUGUGAAGACGAGAAAAUAAAAAGCCAAAUUAGAUGGUCACUCAUCAACUGUUACUUCGCUCAAUUUCUCUCCUGAUGGUACUAUUUUAGCAUCUGGUGGCUCAGAUCAGUCUAUCCGUUUAUGGGAAGUUAAAACAGGGUAAUAAAAAGCCAAAUUAGAUGGCCAUUCAUCCACUGUUACUUCACUCAAUUUCUCUCCUGAUGGUAAAAUAUUAGCAUCUGGUAGCUCAGAUCAGUCUAUCCGUUUAUGGGAGGUUAAGACAAGAUAAUCAAAAGCCAAAUUAGAUUGUCAUUUGAAUAAUGUUAGACCUGUUUGUUUCUCUUCUGACGGUACUACGUUAGCAUCUGAUAGUUAUGAUGAGUCUACUCGUUUAUGGGACGUACGAUCUCGAAAACAAAUCUUAACUUCAAAUAAUCUAUAUAAGGAUAUUUUAGCUUAAUUUUAGCCUUUAAUAAUUAAUAAUCUAGUCUCUCCAAAAAUUUGUAUUUAUUUUUAAUAUUCUUUUAAGCAACUUCUAAUUUAACAAUUUUAAAUAUUUCCUAAUAUUAAAAUUUAGAAGCUUAAGGAGCAUUUAUUUUGA